GGGGGGGGGGCUUUUCCCCUGUGCAGGGCUCAAAGCAGCCCCCAUGAGGGCAGCAGGGCUUGAUAGGUUUGUGGCCAAGUCUGCAUGGCCAAGGGAUUGUGGUUGCCAUUCCCACCCUUUGCCCUAUAGGAAAUCCCCCAUUCCCCUCUUUUCUCUGCUCCUUGGCAGCACAGUCGGACCAGACCUGAGCCACCACCCCACGUGCCCACACCUCUUUCCACCUCUCCUGCAUGACAGCAGCAAGCACCUGGCCCAUGCCCUGCAUGCACCGUGUUAGUGGUGCUCAGGGCUGACAUGCAGCAGCACUAUGAACUGCAGAGAGUGUGGGUUAGCAGCUCCCAGCUAUUCACAGCUGCCAGCCCUGAUAACUGGCUCUGCCCACCUACAACCGUGCUGCCCUCCAACUGGGAGGAGAAACCCACGGGGAGGCAGAAACACAGCCUAUAAAAGCAUCCUCCCUUUUUGGGAUGCGGGGAAGCCUCUGGUGAAGGAGGAAGCACGAGAUGCUGGCAGGAGGCAGCAGGAGGGUGCAGCAGUGUCUGCUCAUCGUGGCCAUCGCGUGGGGUGCCGGGUUCUUCCACUCGCCAGCCCUGGCUUUGCAGAGGAUCGCGUUGCGGAGGAUGCCUUCCAUCCGGCAGACGCUGCAGGAGAUGGGCGUGAAGGUGUCGGACGUGUUCCCCGAGCUGCGGCAGAGGCGCGGCGGGGCGGCCGGCCCCCGAAACGGGACAGCCCCCACCCUCCUCACCAACUACCUGGAUACGCAGUAUUACGGUGAGAUCAGCAUCGGCACCCCCCCGCAGACCUUCAAGGUGGUCUUUGACACGGGCUCAGCCAACCUGUGGGUGCCGUCCUGCAAGUGCUCCCCCCUCUACAGCGCCUGCAUUUCCCACAGCCGCUAUGACUCCUCCAAGUCGCGGACGUACAUAGCCAACGGCACGGGCUUCGCCAUCCGCUACGGGACAGGCAGUGUCAAAGGCUUCCUCAGCCAGGACGUGGUCAUGGUAUCGGACAUCCCCAUCAUCCAGGUCUUUGCUGAGGCCACGAUGCUGCCUGCCUUCCCCUUCAUCUUUGCCAGGUUUGAUGGGGUCCUGGGCAUGGGCUACCCCAGCCAGGCCAUCGGUGGCAUCACCCCCGUCUUCGACCGGAUCCUCUCCCAGCAGAUCCUCAAGGAGGACGUGUUCUCUGUCUACUACAGCCGAACCUCGAAGAACGCUCCUCUGAAACCCGGUGGGGAAAUCAUCCUGGGGGGCACCGACCCAGCCUACUACACCGGGGACUUCCACUACCUGAGCAUCAGCAGGAGCGGGUACUGGCAGAUCAGCAUGAAGGGGGUCUCUGUAGGGGAUGAGAUCUUGUUCUGCAAGGAGGGCUGCUCAGUGGCCAUCGACACCGGAGCAUCCUACAUCACCGGCCCGGCCGGCCCUGUGUCUGUGCUGAUGAAAGCCAUCGGGGCAGCAGAGAUGACUGAAGGAGAGUACGUGGUUGACUGUGAGCGGGUCCCCCAGCUGCCCAACAUCUCCUUCCACCUGGGUGGGAAGGCGUACACACUCGGAGGCUCAGCCUACGUCCUGCGGCAAACCCAGUACGGGGAGGACAUCUGCGUGGUGGCUCUCUCAGGGCUGGACGUUCCCCCCCCAGCUGGUCCCCUCUGGAUCCUGGGCGCCAGCUUCAUCGGGCACUACUACACCAAAUUCGACCGUCGCAACAACCGCAUCGGCUUCGCCACCGCCCGCUGAACGCCUGGGGGGGGGCAGGAGCCAGCUGGGAGGCAGGAGCAUCGCCGGGGAGAGAGCGAUUCAACAUGCAAACGAGAGCGGCGCUUCCUUAAAGCACAGCCACCUCCUCCCUGCACUGAAGCAACUGCAAAGCCUCGUGUUCUCCCACUCCAAAACCCCCGCUCUGCUUCCCGAGAGCCUCUGCUGCCGGGAGCAUCUCAGCGAGGAAUCAAAGCGGGAGCCUGCAGCUGGAGCUGCACCUCCGGGGGCUUUGCAGGGUGAUGUGCAGUUGUGCAGCGGGCACUGCUGGCUGGGGCAGAGGCGCUUGCAGGUUGCAGACCCCGUGGAGUGAUGUUCACUUGCCGAUCUUGUUGUUCUUGGAUGGGAGGAAAAUGAAUUGGUAUCACCAGGCUGCUUACAGCGCUGGUUCUUUCAGCUGGUGUUAACCCUGCCCCUCUCUGUAAUUUAAUAUUAAACAACCCCAGAGCAGCAAGAAACUGAGUGUUCUGAGAGGAGGGAGAAAGGAGGAAAAGUUCCAUGAUGGGAACUGGGGAACAAGUGUUCUCUGCUGGGAUCCACCGCCCCAGCUGCUGUGGGGCAAGAGGGGCGGGCUGCUCUUCCCAGUUGUGGUGGAGAGCUGAGAACCAGCUGCAAAUCCAAGUGCUUCCCAAAGCCAAGCAGUUGGCAACAUGCUCUCACCUCGCCAUGGCCGUGAGCGCAGCUGAGCCCUGGGAACACGCCUGGAACGAGCACAGCAGGAGCAAGUUGAGCGCAGCCGCUUGCAGAAGCUUCUCCUCCUCACCCCGCCACCAGCCGUGGCUGCUGCUGCUUUCCCAGAGCCGACCCUGGGGAUGUUUGGGAGCAAUUCUCCUUCCAGCACAGCAUGGGAUGCUGCCAGCCAGGCUGCAGCCUUGCCAGCCUCCUUUCCUGCAAGGCCCAGGCUCUGAGCAGCGGCCAAGCGGCUGGUUUUCACCCUUGGCAGGGUGCUGGGCAGUGUGUAGCCAAGCUUGAGUAUUUAAACCUCUCACCAUCAAGCUGCACAUCCCUGGGAUGGGAAAGGCACCCGGGGUGCUUCUUCCUUGCUUCUUCCCAUCUCCUUCUGCAGCGCUGUGAGGCAGGGGGAGCAGUGGGGACAGCUCUCUGGGGGGGGCAGAGGGAAGGGGCCCCCACCCCCCGCUCUCACCCGGUGCUUCCUGAGCACUGUCCCAGCGUU